GCUAGAAUAAGACCGACUCCAAAUGAAUGCCGAUGAUUAAUGAAUAGAUGUUCGACGAGCAGGUGUCCACAUACACUACAUGACCAAAAGUAUGUUUAUAGUAACAUGUUACCUUUGGCUCGCAAACUAACCAGAAUGAAUGUGAAUCUCAAAUGGAACCAUAAAGUGAUGCAACCGGACUUGUCGUUGCAAGUCACGCCUCUCAGUUCAGUGAAGUACUACCGUGUACAGAAGUUCUGUCGUUGCAUCAUUUCGGGGCGCUGAGGAGAAUAGUAUUAAUUCACCCUACUGUGUCAACGAAAUAAAGCCCCAGGAUGUGUGGUAUAUGGGCCUUGUUUGGCAGUGAUGAGUGCCUGUCGGUUCAGUGCACCAGCGCUAUGAAGAUCGCCCACCGGGGCCCCGACGCCUUUCGCUUUGAGAACAUCAACGGCUUCACUAACUGUUGUUUCGGCUUCCAUCGCCUGGCUAUUGUAGACCAGCUGUAUGGCAUGCAGCCCAUCCGCAUCAAGAAGUUCCCCUACCUCUGGCUUGUCUACAACGGAGAGAUCUACAACCACCACACGCUGAAGGAGCGGUUUGAGUUUACUGACUACCAGACCAAAGUAGAUGGUGAGAUCCUGCUUCACCUGUACGAGCGCUUCGGCAUUCAGAAGAUGGCAUCCCUAUUGGAUGGAGUGUUCGCCUUCGUCCUCCUGGACACAGCCAAUAGGAAGGUUUUCCUGGGGAGGGAUACGUAUGGCGUGCGGCCCAUGUUCAAACUACUGACUGACGACGGCUUCCUGGCUGUGUGCUCUGAGGCAAAAGGUCUGACUCAUAUCACCCACUCAAUGUCCUCACCUCCUAAGAUCACUCCAUUCCUCCCAGGACACUUUGAGGUGUUUGACCUGAAGCCCACAGGGAAGGUAGAGUCUAUUCAGAUGGACCGCUUCCACUGCUGCACCCAGGAGCCCAACCACGCUGUCUAUGACACGGUAGAGAGGCUUCCCUCAGGUUUUGCCCCAGAGACAGUGAAGAGCAACAUCCGGUCUUUGUUUGAGAACGCUGUCCGGAAACGCCUCAUGGCCCACAGGAGGAUCGGCUGUCUUCUCUCAGGUGGUCUGGACUCCAGUCUGGUGGCAGCUACGCUGGUCAAACUGUCCAAAGAGGAGAAGUUAAAGUACCCCAUCCAGACCUUCGCUAUCGGGGCUGAAGACAGCCCAGACAUCCUGGCUGCUCGCAAGGUGGCGUCCUACAUCGGCAGUGAGCACCACGAGGUCAACUUCACCCCCGAGGAGGGUCUCAAAGCCGUGGAGGAGGUCAUCUUUCACCUGGAGACCUAUGACAUCACCACCAUACGUGCCUCUGUCGGCAUGUACCUAGUGUCAAAGUACAUUCGUGAGAAGACUGACAGCGUGGUGAUCUUCUCUGGGGAGGGCUCUGAUGAGCUGACACAAGGGUACAUCUACUUCCACAAGGCUCCCACUCCCAAGGCAGCAGCAGAGGACAGUGUUCGUCUGUUGAAGGAGCUGUACCUGUUUGACGUGCUGAGAGCAGACCGCACCACCGCUGCACACGGUCUGGAGCUGAGAGUGCCUUUCCUGGACCACAGGUUCACAGCGUACUACCUCUCCCUGCCUGAGGAGAUGAGGCAACCUAAGGAUGGAGUGGAGAAGCACCUCCUCAGAGACUCGUUUAAAGGUCUGAACCUGAUCCCAGACGAGAUCCUAUGGCGACGUAAAGAGGCCUUCAGUGACGGAAUGAUGUCUGUCAAGAAGUCCUGGUACAACAGCCUGCAGGACCAGAUGGAGUCUGAGGUGAACGACUUCCAGCUGGAGAAGUCUCCUAAGACGUUCCCGUUCCUCCCUCCCAGAACCAAAGAGGCGUACUUCUACCGCCAGGUGUUUGAGAAGCAUUACCCGGGCCAGGCCGAGUGGCUCAGCCACUACUGGAUGCCCCGCUGGAUCAAUGCUACAGACCCCUCAGCCAGAACCCUCUCCAUCUACAAGCCUGACAAAGACCAGUGAUACAGCAACAACAGUGGCUCUUUUCCAAUACCCUCACUAGCGUAGCACUUAGAAUGAAGCAGUCUGUUGAGCAUGCACUCUAAGUGGUAUGUUAGUAUGGAUAUUGGAACGUAGACCGUGUCAGCUGUCAAUCACUUCUGCCAUUAUUACUACACCUCCCCCACACAACAUACCGAUCUGGAAACUCUGAUGCUAAAGUUGUGACUUUUAUGGAAUUUUGGGUAACGAUUAGGCUUGUCCCAGCGUACCUGUGUACACGCGAGUCUGCUGUGUGCGUAUGCACUUGUGUGUGUCUGACUGUGUGUAUGUGUACCUUGCUUUUUUCAAUUUUUAUGGCCACGGUUAUUGUCAUUUUUGUUAAAAAUCUUUUGACCUUGUAAUGGUUUAUAAUGCAUCUUUAGAUACAACAUACCUAAUUAGCUACGACAAACCUAAUGACUAGAACACAGCAUUGGUGACAUCCCUGUCUCAAAAACGAAUGGAUUUGACCUCUUGGAACUUUUGGAAAUGAAUCUUCUCCCAACCGUGCCUUUCUGCUCAUAAAAUGAUUACCAACUUUACCCACUUCAUGUAAAACUGCUAUUGGGUAAAUUAUGUCUACUUGAAUAUAAAGUUGAAUCCCCCAUUCUCCUGAAA